UGAUCACAUCAAACUCGGAACGAGUUGAAGUCAAAAUUGUUCACGCUCCUCACCGGGACCUUGUUGGUCGCCCAACUCCUCUCCCAUGGCAAGCGACCGUCUCCCACCGUACCGAGAUGCGACGCAGCCGGUGGAGGUGCGAGUUCGGGACCUGCUCUCCCGCAUGACCCUCGAGGAGAAGGCCGCCCAGAUGGCCCAGAUCGAGCGACGCGUCGCCUCCCCUGAUACUUUAACCGGCCUACCGGUCGGGAGCGUCCUUAGCGCCGGCGGAAGCGGCCCUGCCGAGCGCGCCUCCGCCCGCCAGUGGGCUGACAUGGUCGAUCGCAUGCAGCGGUGGGCGCUGGCCUCCCGCCUCGGCAUCCCGAUUCUCUACGGCAUCGACGCUGUCCACGGCCACAACAACAUCUAUGGCGCCACCAUCUUCCCCCACAACGUCGGCCUCGGCGCCACCAGAGAUAGCGACCUCGCUCGUAGAAUCGGGGAGGCGACUGCCCUGGAGGUGAGAGCCACCGGAAUUCACUGGACUUUUGCCCCUUGUGUAGCAGUGUGCCGAGAUGUGAGGUGGGGAAGAUGCUAUGAAUGCUUCAGUGAGGACACGGAGAUUGUGCGGACUAUGACUUCAAUUGUCUCUGGUUUGCAGGGGCCACCUCCCCAAGAUCACUUUCCAGGUCAUCCUUAUCUUGCUGGGAGGAAGAAUGUCAUUGCCUGUGCUAAACAUUUUGUUGGGGAUGGUGGAACACACAAAGGAAUUAAUGAAGGGAAUACAAUUUGUACAUACAAUGAAUUGGAGGAAAUUCAUAUGAAGCCUUAUCUAGAUUGUCUUGCACAAGGGGUGUCCACAAUUAUGGCCUCCUAUACAAGUUGGAAUGGGAGUCCGUUGCAUUCAAAUUAUCAUCUCAUAACAGACGUUCUCAAGGGCAAGCUGGGUUUCAAGGGUUUUGUAGUAUCAGAUUGGGAAGGAAUAGAUAGGCUAUGUCACCCACAAGGAUCGAAUUACCGUUAUUGCGUUCUUGCAUCAAUUAAUGCUGGGAUUGACAUGAUUAUGGUGCCCUUCAAUUAUCAGAAGUUUCUAGAAGAUUUGAUAUUUCUUGUGGAAUCAGGGAGAAUAUCUACCUCAAGGAUUGAUGAUGCCGUAGAACGGAUCUUACGAGUAAAAUUUGUCUCUGGACUGUUUGAGCAUCCUUUCUCAGACAGUUCCCUGUUAGAUGUCAUUGGCUGUGAGGAACAUCGACUUCUUGCGCGUGAAGCAGUUAGAAAAUCUGUAGUUUUAUUGAAAAAUGGAAAGGAUAAGAAGAAACCCUUACUUCCAUUAGAUAAAAAGGCCAGAAGAAUCCUUGUUGCUGGAAGCCAUGCAGAUGAUAUUGGAAAUCAGUGUGGCGGAUGGAGCAUAACAUGGCAUGGAGACAGUGGAAGAAUAACAAUUGGCACAACUAUAUUGGAAGCAAUUAGAGAAGCAACAGCAAACGAAACAGAAGUUAUAUAUGAGCAAUCCCCUUCAGAAGCCACUUUCUCUAACCAGGACUACUCUUAUGCAGUAGUUGUUAUUGGGGAGGAACCUUAUGCUGAGUUCUUAGGCGAUAGGACAACACUCGACAUACCUUUUGGUGGUGCCGAUGUAGUUUCUUUAGUCGCUAGCAGAGUGCCAACUGUACUGGUUUUGAUAUCCGGUAGGCCAUUGUAUCUUGAACCAUCAUUGUUGGAGAAGAUUGAUGCUCUGGUGGCAGCUUGGUUACCUGGAACUGAGGCAGGCGGAAUUGCUGACGUCCUAUUUGGGGACCAUGAUUUUGAGGGUGUGCUGCCAGUGACUUGGUUUAAAUCAGUGGAUCAGUUGCCAAUGAAUGUUGGGCAUCCGGCAUACGAUCCUCUAUUUCCAUUGGGAUAUGGAUUGAAGAUGAAUUUAGAGAAGACGAAGUGAUGGAGUGAAGUUCUUGCUGAGGCCAACUGGAUCUUGAUCAGUUCUAGCAGCAAGGUUCUGUCAUCUUUUGUGUGUUUCUGUAUGCUUCGAUUCAUAACAUCUAUACUUGCAUAAAUAUUGAUCCUUGAAUUAUUUGUUGAUCUAAUAAUUUUAUAAUUUGA